UAUUGAAUUUACAUCAUUUGUAGAAAGUCAAAAUGCCUGCCUGAAACACAUAAUUGAAAGUAGCAACACAUCUCUUUAUGAACUUAGAAAAGUUCUAAUAGACAGUGCUAAAGAUACUAUAAAACAGAAGCAAUAUAAAGAUUUAACUAGAGGUGUCAAUUUAAUGAAGGAGAGCGUAUUCUAUAUUUUAUUUCGUUCUAAUAUUGAGAAAAUUCAAAACAUGUCUAUAAAUAAGCUGUCUGAUAGUGAUAAUUUUGAAGAUGAACCAGAUAGUGAUUAUGAGUUUGUCGAGAUAGUUAAAACAUAUUUAGCUAGUGUAUAUGAAAAAGAAAUUAUAAGUCAACAAGUAGAAAAUUUAGAAGAAGAAGAUUCAGAUAAAGAAAAUACUCUUCCAAACACUUUUUUUUACCAUCAAGCGAUAAUUUAUUUGUUGGACGUUGACUUUGUUGAUUAUUAUGAUGGCUAG